CUUGAAAAAUUGUUCUUGUGUUGCAUACAGUAGCAGCGACAAAACUGGAUGUGUGACAUGGUAUGGGGAAUUGAUGGACACGAGGGUGCAGCCCAGUAAUGGUCAAAAUUUAUAUGUACGAGUUGAUGCAAUCGUCUUUGCUCAAUAUGCAAAGAAGUCAAAUGAUUCUCUUAGCAAGAAGGAAAAGCUGGCAAUUUCACUAGUAUCUGUUUUAGCGCUAUUUCUACUAGUUUUCCUUUGUCUAUUGGUUACUGAGGAUGAAGAGAAAAGGUAAAAGAAGACGAGAUGAAUAUUCAUUUAGCUUCUUCAACGAAUCUACUGGUGGAAUGGAACCUGCUGAAAGUAGCAUAAGCUCAGAUUUGCCAUUCUUUGACCUAACAACCAUAGCAGCAGCCACAGACAACUUCUCUCUUGCAAACAAGCUUGGAACAGGCGGUUUUGGCUCCGUCUAUAAGGGUGUACUUUUUAAUGGAAAGGAAAUAGCAGUGAAAAGAUUAUCGAAGACCUCGGGUCAAGGAAUUGAAGAGUUUAAAAAUGAGGUUUUGUUGAUUGCGAAACUCCAACAUCGCAACCUUGUGAGGAUAUUAGGUUGUUGCGUUCAAGAUGAAGAGAAGAUGCUAAUCUAUGAGUACUUACCAAACAAAGGCCUCGACUUUUUUAUUUUUAACGAAACCAACAAAGCACUUUUAGAUUGGACAAAACGCUUUGAGAUUAUCCAUGGAAUCACUAGAGGAAUUAUAUAUCUUCACCAAGAUUCAAGAUUAAGAAUUAUCCACCGAGAUCUAAAGGCCAGCAAUGUUCUACUAGAUGCUUCUAUGAACCCCAAAAUUGCAGAUUUUGGUAUGGCUAGAAUUUUUAAGGGAGAUCAAAAUGAAGCAAAUACAAAGCGUGUGGUUGGAACAUAUGGUUAUAUGUCACCAGAGUAUGCAAUGCAAGGAAGGUUUUCGGUGAAGUCAGAUGUAUAUAGCUAUGGCGUUUUACUAAUAGAAAUCAUUACCGGAAGAAAGAAUAAUGGCUUUUACCAUGAGGAACAUCCUUACUCAAAUUUAGUUGGGCAUGUUUGGAACUUGUGGAGUGAAGGUAAAGUCUUGCAAAUAGUUGAUUCGUCCAUUGGUGAAUCAUACCCCGUCAAUGAAGUUCUGAAAUGUAUUCAGAUUGCCUUCUUGUGCCUGCAAGAGUAUCCAGCUGACCGGCCAACCAUGUCUGAAGUUCUUUUCAUGCUAGGUAACGAUGCGGACGCUCUUCCUUUACCACGAAAACUUGCAUUCUUAUUGGAGAGAAGCAGCAGUUCUAUGGGUGGCAAGUUGUCAACCCAUGAAGGAUAUCAUUCUCUAAAUAAUUUCACAUGUAGUGUGGUAGAAGCUAGGUAGGAGCGUACGAUCUUUUGUGAAUUUUGGCCAGGCACGGAACCAAGAAUUAAAUUUGAGGUGUGCUAAAUUUACUUUAUGCUGGGAAGAAAAAUUAUUGUCAAAAAUUUGGCAGAGUUUA